CUACCUGUGUAUCACCCAAUUCUCGGACGACCCCAACCCAGGCCGCCGAAAGACGGGCUAAUCAUCCGAUAUCGCCACAAAGCCACAAGCCCUCAAACAAGGCCGGAGAUUGAAGUGAUGUGGAGACGGACACUCGCUGUUGGUUCGACCAACGCGAGCUGCCGAACCCAUUCGCGAUUAUGACGGCGUGUGGUCCGGCCAACUCGGCGUUUCCGUCCGCGAGGCCACGAGACCACACUCUCGGGGAGAUCUGGAUUUCUCAAUUAUCAAUUAUCACAUCCCUUUUGCUAAUAUACCUAGGCUCAACUGAAUCCCGCAUAGGAUGCAACUCCGAGAUGCAGUCGAUUGUUCUCGUGGCCUCCCUUGUUCCACACCGCCUGAUGGGAGUCAUUCGCCUGUGUAUCAUCGCACACUUACGUACUAUAGCUCGGUCUGGCAAAGAAAUACAAAGAAAAAUUACAAAAUCUUGGAAUCCGAGCAAGAUUUCUAGGCAGCAAACCGGCAACGACGGGUGCUUCGCUGACGACUUUUGGGGCUUUCCUCGCCAUCUCUCCCCCACGCGACGCGUGCUGCAGGAGAGACGCAUUGGUCCCAUCUAUGCGCGUCUGACCAUCUCAGCCCUAGGCUAAAGAAUUGUUUGUUGCCACUACCUUGCUGACCGCAUCAGCUAGCCUCGUCCCAAGCGUUCGUCGCCAACCGUGCAUAAGCA